UGCGAGCGCCGCGCCAUCUUGAGACCGCCGCUGUCCUCGCGUCUCGCCGCCGCCGCCUCCUCCGCCGCCUCCUCCUUUCGCGCUCGCCGUGCGCUCGCUCCCGCAAUUAAAGCCGCGCACGUCGAUGUCUGUUCGCUACCGCACGUGGUGACAAGCCGACAUCAGCAAACAUGCCGGUGUAUUUUCAAAGGCCGGAGAAUGCCCUGAAGCGGGCCAACGAGUUUUUGGAGGUGGGAAAGAGACAGCCUGCUUUGGAUGUCCUGUAUGAUGUGAUAAAGAGCAAAAAGCAUCGAACAUGGCAAAAGAUCCACGAGCCCAUCAUGCUGAAGUACCUGGAGUUGUGUGUGGACCUGCGCAAGAGUCACCUGGCCAAAGAGGGGCUCUACCAGUACAAGAACAUCUGCCAGCAGGUUAACAUCAAGUCUUUGGAGGAUGUGGUGAGAGCAUAUCUAAAGUUGGCAGAAGAGAAGACCGAAGCUGCAAAGGAGGAAUCUCAGCAGAUGGUGCUGGAUAUUGAAGAUCUUGAUCAGAUUCAAACCCCCGAAAGCGUUUUGUUGAGUGCUGUUAGUGGUGAAGACACCCAAGAUCGAACGGAUCGUCUCCUGCUUACGCCAUGGGUCAAGUUUCUGUGGGAAUCGUACCGCCAGUGCCUGGAUCUCUUGCGAAACAACUCGCGUGUGGAACGUCUCUACCAGGACAUUGCCCAACAGGCUUUCAGAUUCUGCCUGCAGUACACACGAAAAGCAGAAUUCCGUAAGUUAUGCGACAACUUGCGCAUGCACCUCAGCCAGAUUCAGCGCCACCAUAACCAGAGCACGGCCAUCAAUCUGAACAACCCGGAGAGCCAGGCCAUGCACCUGGAGACAAGGCUGGUGCAGCUGGAUAGUGCCAUCAGCAUGGAGCUGUGGCAGGAAGCAUUCAAGGCCGUUGAAGAUAUCCAUGGGCUCUUCUCAUUGUCCAAGAAACCCCCGAAGCCCCAGCUAAUGGCCAACUAUUACCAGAAAGUUUCUAUGGUGUUCUGGAAGUCUGGCAAUGCUCUCUUUCAUGCUUGCACACUCCAUCGUCUUUUUCACCUCUCCCGUGAGAUGCGAAAGAAUCUCACUCAAGACGAAAUGCAAAGAAUGGCCACCCGUGUGCUGCUAGCCACUCUCUCCAUUCCUCUUACUCCCGAGCGCACAGACAUUGCUCGCCUGUUAGACAUGGAUGGGAUCAUCGUUGAAAAGCAGCGUCGCCUUUCAAGUCUGUUGGGACUUCAGAGUCCUCCCACUCGUCAGUCCCUCAUUAAUGACAUGGUCCGAUUCAAUGUGAUUCAGUACGUUGUGCCAGAAGUGAAAGACUUGUACAACUGGUUGGAGGUUGACUUUCACCCGCUGAAACUAUCUGGGCGUGUCACAAAGGUGCUAAACUGGAUUAAAGAUCAGUCGGAGAAAGAACAAGAACUGCAGCAUUAUGUCAAUCUCCUUCAAAACAACACGAUCCUCCGCUUACUCCAGCAGGUGGCCCAAGUGUAUCAGGGCAUUGAGUUCAGUCGGCUGGCAUCUCUUGUGCCCUUCAUUGACCCUUUUUCACUUGAGAGAAUCAUCGUUGAUGCUGCCCGCCACUGUGAUCUACAGGUGCGCUUGGACCACAGUAAACGAACACUGAGCUUCGGAUCGGACCUCAACUACUCUCCAAGAGAUGAUGCCCCCACAGGCCCAUACCUGCAGCCCAUGCCAUCGGACCAGAUUCGAAAUCAACUGACUGCAAUGUCCUCCUGCUUGACCCGUGCCCUUGACAUUAUCAAACCUCCUAACAUUCUGACCGAGAAAGAAGAGCAGAAGCAGCAGGCUGUGAUGGCAUAUCUCAAGAAUUCCAAAAAGGAGCACCUGCGGACCCUAGGGCGGCGACAGACUAUCGAAGAGCGCAAGGAACGCCUGGAGAGCUUGAACGUGGCCCGGGAGCGCAAGGAGCAGGAGCAGCGCGAGGCGGUGAUGCAGAAGAUACGGCAGGAGGAAGAGGAGCGACUCAAGAAGGAAGCGCGUGAACGAGAGAACCAGCGCAUUAUGCAGGAGCACGAGAGCAUCAAGCGCAAGCAUGUUCGGGAGCGUCUGGAGCAGAUCAAGAAGACUGAACUUGGAGCCAAAGCCCUCAAAGACCUUGAUAUUGAGAAUCUUGAUGAACUUGAUCCUGACUUCAUUAUGGCCAAGCAAGUUGAGCAGCUUGAGAAGGAAAAGAAAGAGCUUCAAGAGCGUUUGAAAAACCAAGAGAAAAAGAUUGACUAUUUUGAGAGAGCCAAACGUGUCGAGGAGAUUCCAUUGCUGAAGAAGGCUUUUGAAGAGCAGCGCAUUAAGGACAUGGAGUUCUGGGAGCAGCAAGAAGAUGAGAGGAUCUCAACUGUGAAAUUGGAGCGAGAAAAGGCACUGGAGAACAAGAAAAGGAUGAUUCACAUGCAAGAGGACAAGGAUUCAUUCUUAUCAGGCUUGAAAUCCUCACGCCGUGCCAUCUACUUGGCUAAAUUGAAGGUGUUUGAAGAGCGCAUGGAAGAAGAGCGGACAAAACGCCUUGCUGAACGAAAAGUGCAAAGGAAGGAAGAUCGCAGACUCAAAUUUCACCGAGAAAGGGAAGAAGAAGCACAGAGAAUUCACGAUGAGCAACUUAAAAAAGAGCGAGAUGAGGCAGAAAGGAUUGAGCGUGAGAAGCGCGAGGAAGAGGAGCGCGAGUACCAAGAGCAGAUUCAAAAGCUGGAGGAGCAAGCGAGAAAGCGGAGGCAGAAAGAAUUAGAAAUCGAAGAGCGGGAGCGGAAACGAGAGAUGGGAGAAUCAAAACGGGUACCCGAUGGAGAUGGAGGUCGAUGGGGUGAGAGAGAUUCAGAAUGGCGACGUGAUAUUCCUGCAGAUCGUGAUGAUUUACCCAAGCGUCCAGCUGAUGAUGGCGAGAGGGAUUGGCGUCCCCGUGGUGGCGACGAUGACCGUUCAUUCCGCCGCCGGGAAGAAGAACGCAUGCCCCCUCGGCGAGAUUUUGAGAAGCCGAUAAGGCGCGAUCUGGAAGAUAGGUCUAUGAGGCGUGAUGCCGAUGAAAAACCGCCACCGCCCCUUCGUCGUGAUGGUGAGGACAAGCCGCCAGCUCGCUGGGGCCGCAACGAUGAUGAGCGCCCCGCUCCGUCAUUGCGUUGGGAGGAUGAGAAGCCAGCGCCGCGUCGUGUCGAGUCGCCGUUCCACCAGGACGAAGAGAGGGCACCACGAGGUUGGAAUGAGGAUGCCAAGGGUGAAGCUGAUAAACCUCUCUCUGCCUGGAAACCUGCUGUCAAGCCGGGUGGGUGGCGUGACCGUGAGAAAGCGCGUGACGAGGUGUGGAAGCCCCCUCGCGAGGGGUCGCAGUCGGCGGAGGGUGAUGGAGAAGAACCGGCUGAACGCGAAGAGGGCGAGGGAGACAAAUUCGAUGAUCAUGAAGCAAAAACCAAGGACCGCGAUCACUUUGCGGACCGCGAACGAGCACCGCCUGAACGGGCGCCCGAACGGGCGCCCGAACGAGCCCCCGAACGAGCCCCCGAACGAGCCCCCGAACGAGCCCCCGAACGAGCCCCCGAACGAGCCCCCGAACGAGCCCCCGAACGUGCGCCCGAACGAGCGCCCGAACGAGCGCCCGAACGAGCGCCCGAACGAGCGCCCGAACGAGACCGCUUUGGGGACCGCGACCGCUUUGGUGACCGCGACCGCUUUGGCGACAGAGACCGCUUUGGGGACCGCGACCGCUUUGGGGACCGCGACCGCUUUGGCGACAGAGACCGCUUUGGUGACAGAGACCGCUUUGGGGACCGCGACCGCUUUGGCGACAGAGACCGCCGUCCACCAAGAGAGGAAGGAGGAGGAAAUGUAUGGCGGAGGCCUGGUACAGAGGAUUCUCAGGCUCCCGGUUGGAGGGACCUUCCAAAGCGUGACGAUGGUGAGAGAGAUCGAGAUAUUCCACGUCGGGAGCCACUUGACAGGGAGAGGCGUGGCCCACCACCUGUCCGAGGAGGAGACUGGGAAGACCAAAGAGGUGCACCACCACCCAGAGCAGAUCGCGAUGAAGGCGUGUGGCGGCGAUCCGAAGACCGGCGUGAAGACGGGGAUAGGGACACCCCCCGCCGGGCGCCUUUUGUGGGCCGAGAUGGUGACCGGGAUCGUGAGCGCGUUGAAAGGGAGAAGCCUGCACCACGCAAAGAGCUUCGCGAGGUUCCGGCCUCUGCUGCUCCUGUAGCUGCUGCCGCACCUCCUAAGCGCCCAGUCCGCAAUGAGACCGAUGACGAUGGUUGGACAACUGUCCGCCGCUAAAGCCACAUUUCCACACAACCGUAUAAUUGGUUUUGGUUUGAGUUGAGAUUGCUUUAUUCAAAGCAUGCACAGAAAUGUUUUUGGACAACGUCCAAUGUAAUACUAAAUUCCAAAAUUGGCCCCAUACACUUAAAAAAAUAUUACAUUGUUUUGUUUAAAUUCUGUUGUUUUUCUGAAUUUGAUAGACGCAAAUUAUUGCAGCCUCAGAAUUAAUCAAAUGGAGUAUAUGCUUUGCUUGUGAAAGGCACAAAAUUCAUGCACUUAAACAGUGCGAUUUGUGUUCUUGCCAUGCACUUCUAUCAGGCUGCCUAUCCAUUGUGAUUAUAGGCUUCAUUUUAGAUAUUAAAACUGAAGCUUUUGAAAAUGUAACAAGAUAUAGCUGUGUUUACAGGAUUUUAGACUGGUAAGAUGGCUUAAGUUUGAAAAUAGUACCAUUCAUUCUGGGGAUUGCCUAUUGAAAAGCUGGUCAAACAGUAUAAAACCUGGUCCUUAACCCAAUGUCUUUCAAUUUUAAGCUUAACAUUUUCCUCAAGCAUAAGCAGUGUUUCAACCAUUUGUUAGAAUUGCAGAUUAUCAUGAAGUAUGGCAUUAUUAUUAAGUAAUUAAAGCCAAAUGAAAUUUCAGAUUGGGAAAUUAGCUUGCAAGGUUAAAUGUAUUCAAUAUUAUGUGCAUUUAACAAUUAUAAUCUUUGCCCUGUUGUCAUUUCUGAUGCAUUAAGUUAACAUGUAUUCUUGUGGAAAACUUGACUUUGUUGGUUGGUUAUAAAGUCAUGUGGAUUGGAAGCCCAGAGCAUUUUCAUGAUUUAAUCUCCUUAGUUGUGUGGAAGUUUAAUACGAAAACCAAUAAAAACAAAGGUCUUGAGCAAUAGCCUUUAGUGUUUUCAUUUUUCUGUUGUGCUGCAGCUUCAGUGUGAAUAUAUCCUCAUCGUGGGAUAAAAGACGACUGAUUAUUCUAUGGAUCGAGUUGACAUUUAACAUUAAUGUACUCUGCAUUAUUUGCUAAAUCACAUGCUUGUGGUUUUGUGGCUGUGUGUUUCAUAUCAAGACUUGCCGACAUUUCGCAGGGAUUUAGCAGACAGGUGUGCCUUUCUUCAUAGAUGGGAAGAUGUGGUUUGUUUGGCAUGAGAGCUGCCAAAUCUUCAAGCCCUAGUGUGCCUGCAUUGGCCUAGUUAAAAUUGUAUGAAAUUGAAGCUAACGCUUCCCACAUUUGGAAAGGCCUCAUUUCCUUAGUAACCAAUAUCUUGCAGGUGAACAGCCUGAGUUUUCAUUAAGUAAACAUCCCAAGUUGAGAUCGCAGUUAUAUUGCAAUUUAAUCAUUUCCAAAAAUUAGUAUGGCCAAAUUGCUGUUUGAGAUGCAUUAAUCCAAGUUGUGUUGUGUUUGUACAUUUGUCAAUUCCAUAUGCUGGCAACUAUAGUCGGCUGAUUUGUCAUGGUGAAAAUGUCAUGUUAAUUAUCAGCCACAGAAUAUUGCACAAUGUGGCUGCCAAUUUCAGUACUGCAUGCUGAAUCCUAUUAAGAUGCGCUUCUACGACUGCCUGGAACGCUCUUCCGAUAUUAGGAAGCCACUUGAGCUAUGGGUUUUUAAAUCUAGGUUGACUCAUUUCCUUGUAACUGCUUUCUUGUCCACCUGAACGUCUUGUACGUUGCGAAAGAAGUUCAAUAGAUACAUGACUUGCAUUUAGUUACCUUGAAGAUUGUGAUUUGCUUAUUAAACAAUUUAGGAGUAACUUUUUUAAGAGUACAUCACAGCUCGCAAAUUGCAUAAAGCAAGACAGGAACAUUUGCAGUGGGUGCAUAUGUACAACUGAUAUACCAUGUAACUUAAAAUUAUACAUUGUAUGGAUAAUUAGUUUCACUGUAAACAUGCAAUGUCCAAUAAAGAACAUUAACUUCA